AUGCAAUUCUCCGUCUGGUCUCCAUGUCUGUUAGCAGUACUACUUCUCUACGGAGUGCUACCAGUGACUCUGACGCAAGCCGUCAAAAACGCUUCGAAUCGGACGAAUGUUAUCCUAAUCGGACAUAUCGGAGCGAUCGGCGCGCUGCCAAACUAUGAAAAGAUCCUGGAUCUUGCCAGACAAGAGCUGCUCAGCGACGGAACGCUCGGAGAUGAUUUUGACAUCGAGAUCAUCUCAAGAAAUGGCUGUGGCGAAGCUUUCGAAGGAGUGGCAGCUGCUGCUGACCUUUAUCACAUCGAACACAUCAACACCUUCCUGGGACCUUACUGUAACGCUGGUAAGCAAAAGAAAACCCUUUUAUCAGCUUGGGGAACAUUUCAAGAAAUCGUCUAUUUAUUUAGCUCUCUCGCUUUGUAA